CCCUAUCUCUCUCGCACCGUUCUAAAACCCUCCCCUUCCUCUUCUUUUUCGGACACACUUCCUUUCUUUCUAUCUCUCACAAUGGCUUCUUCAAUAGUAACCUCAAGCUUGAGGCCAUUAGCCAUGUCAGAAUCCUCCUCCUCGACUAUCUUCUCCCACCCUUCAAUCUCCACUAUCUACUCCUCCAAAACCCGCUGCUCCUUACUCACCAAACGCACUAAUCUCCCUCUCUCUUUCUCUCUCAAAUCCAAAACCCAUCUAAAGAAGUCACCUUUCGUUACCUUAGUCGCUGAGACUUCUGGUUGGUCCGGGGAAGAAGAUGGGAGCUCAUCAUCGGUCGCCGUCGAGGAGAGCGACCCAGAAGAAGCGACGUUUUCUGAAGGGGAAGGAGACGUGAGCGAAGGAGGAGGAGGCGAGUUCCAGGAGCCACCGGAAGAAGCGAAGCUCUUCGUCGGGAACUUGGCUUACGACGUUGAUAGCCAGGCCUUGGCUAUGCUCUUUGAGCAAGCCGGUACUGUUGAAAUCGCCGAGGUUAUAUACAAUAGGGAAACCGACCAGAGUCGUGGGUUUGGAUUUGUGACAAUGAGUACGGUUGAAGAAGCUGAGACAGCUGUUGAGAAGUUUAACCGUUAUGAUUUGAACGGAAGGCUUUUGACAGUAAACAAGGCAGCACCCAAAGGAUCACGUCCAGAACGCCAACCUCGGGUAUACGAACCUGCAUUCAGAGUGUAUGUUGGAAACCUACCGUGGGAUGUGGACAGUGGUCGUCUAGAACAAGUUUUCAGCGAGCAUGGCAAAGUUGUGGAAGCUAAAGUGGUCUAUGACCGUGAGACCGGUCGUUCACGUGGAUUUGGUUUUGUGACAAUGUCUAAUGAGACUGAACUCAAUGAUGCCGUCGCUGCUCUUGACGGACAGAACAUGGAGGGUAGAGCGAUCAGAGUAAAUGUAGCGGAGGAGCGUCCAAGGCGUGGAUUUUAAGGGACUGAGAAGUUCCCUCUGUCUCUUCCAUUUUGUUUAGACGGGAUUCGUACACUGUUGGUGUUUUUUUUUUGGUUCAGAACUCUGAAUGCGAAGCUUUCUUCUAAAUUCUAAUGUAAUUUGUAUAAUCAUUUCUCUUUGACAGUCUAUCCACAUUUGUGUCA